AAGUGGCGCCGUCCAUCGCUUGCUGUUCACGUCAACGUCACAAGAGUUUCGGGAGAGGUUUCCUCCCGCUGUGUGUCGUGUUUGAAAGAGCUGGUAAUUUUUUCUCGAACCGGUGAGUUAUCGUAGAAUGUAAGCUUAGCGUUCACGCCAUAAAGAACACCGUCGCGUAGGAGAAACACUGCAGUGUCAGUCAUGUCUCUCAACAUACGUGAAAAGCAGAUCGCUGCGCUGAAGCAGAUGCUCAACUUCAACGUUCCUCAACCAAAAGGCUCCUUUUCGGAGCCUGUGUGGAAACUUCUGGUGUACGAUCGCUGUGGACAAGACAUUAUAUCGCCUCUUUUGUCAGUGAAAGAGCUACGUGACAUGGGCAUCACUUUGCACAUGCUUCUGCACUCCGACAGAGAUCCCAUACCGGAGGUGCCUGCAAUUUAUUUCGUUGCGCCUACUGACGAAAACAUUACGCGAAUAUCGCAGGACUUCCGAAAUGAGUUGUAUGACCAGUAUUACCUGAACUUUGUGUCACCCGUGUCGCGCCAGCACCUUGAAGAUCUGGCUUCAGCAGCUCUGCAAGCAAACUCUGUCGCCAACGUCUCGAAAGUGUUCGAUCAGUACCUCAACUUUAUCACUCUGGAAAAUGACCUGUUCUUACUGAAGCACAACGAUCGGCAUACUGUUUCGUAUUACGCCAUUAACCGCGGCGACGUGAAGGACACAGAGAUCGAGGCAAUCAUGGACAACAUUGUCGACUGUCUAUUUUCCGUCUUUGCAACGCUAGGUACCGUGCCCAUAAUUCGUUGCCCCAAAGGAAACGCGGCUGAAAUGGUCGCAGAGAAGCUCGACAAGAGGAUGCGUGAGAACCUUCGUGACUCUCGGAAUAGCCUGUUUCUGGAUUCAGCUCAUGGCAGUGGCCAGUUCAGUUUUCAAAGGCCUCUGUUGGUCGUGCUUGAUCGAAACAUGGACAUGGCAACGCCAUUGCACCACACUUGGACUUACCAGGCCCUGGCACAUGACGUGCUAGGCCUGAGCCUGAACCGUGUUACCUUGGAAGAACCUGUAACGUCAUCCCCAUCAUCUGAGCAUGUGGGCGCCAAGCCAAGGAAAAAGACCAAGACAUUUGAUUUGACUCAGGCAGACAAAUUCUGGCAGCAGCACAAAGGAAGCCCCUUUCCCACUGUGGCUGAAGCGGUGCAAGAAGAACUAGAAGCUUACCGUGCACAAGAAGAUGAGGUGAAGAAACUGAAGGCAGCCAUGGGUUUGGAAGGUGACCGAACAGAUGAAGCUAUCACGAUGCUCUCUGAUAACACGGCAAAGUUGACAUCAGCCGUCAGCUCACUACCAGAGUUACUUGAGCGCAAGCGGCUCAUUGAUAUGCACACGAGCAUAGCAACUGCAAUUCUAGAACACAUCAAGGCUCGAAAACUUGAUUUGUACUUUGAGACUGAAGAAAAAUUGCUUGGUAGGCAGGCUUUGGAUCGUUCCCUCCUGGACCUGAUAAAUGAUCCAGAAGCAGGCACAGCACAAGACAAGCUGAGGUUAAUAUUAAUAGCAUAUGUGCUUGGACUAGAUGGAGCCCUUGAGUACGAGGACGCCUUGCAACGAGCAGGUUGUGACCUGAGUCCUCUGAGGUUCUUGCGCCGCUGGAAGGACUAUACCCGUGUCACAGCUCUGCAACCAGUGGGCUCUUAUGGUGGUGGCCCUCGCACUGUGGGCAUGUUCUCGAAGUUGAUGAGCCAGGGCUCACAGUUUGUAAUGGAAGGUGUCAAGAAUCUGGUUGUCAAGAAGCACAAACUUCCCAUAACACGACUGGUGGAUGCUCUAAUGGAGUUGAAAUCAUUGCCCGAAACAGACGACUUCCGGUACUUGGACCCUAAACUUCUUGGACGUGUUGAACCACGUGCCCAAGCACCAUUCCAAGAGGCAGUUGUGUUUGUCUUGGGGGGUGGCAAUUACAUUGAAUACCAGAACCUUUUGGACUACACAAAAGGCAAAUCCAAAAAGGUUGUUUAUGGUUGCACACAGCUCACCAAUGCUGCUCAGUUUCUGGAGCAGCUGUCCCAGCUUGGGAAUGAAAUUAACUAAACCGUGCCUGGUGUCACUUGCAACCACCACAUGUUGCAAGUCAGGCCAGGUACAAAACUUGUAGCUCUGGGCACAAAAGGCAAAUAAAGCCGCUGGUGUUAUGAAA